AAAAUCACAUCACUGUCGUAAAACAAAAACAACUGCCUUGUAAAAGAAAACAACUUUAAUAUUUGGUAGCAGAUUAAAGACUUUGGAGUGAAGAUGAGUGGAGCACACAGAGAAGCUAUCCAAAAGCAAAUUCAUCAAGACUGGGCAAAUAGAGAAUACAUUGAAGUUAUUACAGCAAGUAUUAAGAGAAUUACGGACUUUCUCAACUCAUUUGAUAUGUCCUGUCGUUCACGUCUGGCGGUCCUAAAUGAAAAGCUCACAACUCUUGAGCGCCGGAUAGACUAUUUGGAAGCUUGUGUAACUCAAGGAGAAACAUUAACGUAAAUUGUUUUUAAUUUAGCUUUGUACCUACAGAAUUAAGUAAAAAUAUAAGAAAUAAUACUUUGUGCAAAAAA